AUGAUAAAUAAUAUUUAUUAUUAUACAAAUUAUAAUAUUAAUUAUUAUCAACCAUAUUAUAAUAAUUUCAAUACUAAUACAUAUAAUCUAACCAAUAACUUUACUAAUAAUAAUACCAAUACUACUAAUUUUACCUAUAAUAAUACAUACAAUAACUUUACCAAUAACUUUAUUACUAAUAAUAUUAGUAGAAAUAGAUAUAAUGAAAUUAAGUAUAGGAAAAUUUGUAAUGUUUGUAAUAUAUAUUUUAAUAAUGAAAAACAAUUAUUGGAUCAUAUAAAUGAUUUACAUAUAAAUUGUAAUUAUGAAAAUUGUAAUUUCAAUGGACCAAUAAAUAUUCUGGAAAUACAUAAACUGAAACAUAUAAAAAAUAAAGAAGGUAAUACUAUAGAUUCCAAAGAUGAAAUUAAAAAAUGGAUUAAUUCAAGAAUCAAAAAUUUUCCAAAAUCAAAUGAAUCCAAUAUAAUUUCCAAUAAAAAAAGAAAUUACAGAUCAAAUAAUAAUAUUAAUAAUGGAAUUGUUGAUGGUAUGGUUGAUGGUAUAGGUGAUGGUAUAGGUAACGGUACUAGUAUGGAUGGAAUCAGUAAUGGAAUAGUGAAUAAGAUGUUGGAAUGUGAAGAAAUGAGUAUAUUAGAAAAAUAUUUAAGAAAUAAAAUGAAUAAAUAUAAAAGAAAUAAAAAAUCAAUAGUAUUUCCAUAUAUAAAUAAAAUAUAUAAACAACCAAGUGCAUUAAUUAGAUAUACAAAUCCUAUAAAAUAUGAACAAAUGUUAAAAAGACUAGAAACAAUAAAAUCACCAUAUAGUUAUAAAUCAUCAAUUUGUGAAAAAUAUAAAAAUGGAAUUAAAUAUUCUAUACCAAUACGUCCCCCAACGAUUUUACAAUUAAUACGUGGUGAUAUUGAAAAAUUGGAUAAAAGUGUAGUAAAUAUCAUUAAAUAUAUACAACAUUUGAAAUCUAAUGAAAAAAAUGUUAAUAUAAAGAAAUAUUCUGGAUGUGUAGCAGCUAUUGAUGCUAUGUGUUGGAUCCAUCGUGGUUUAAUAUCAUCAGCAGUAGCCAAUGUUAGAAAUGAAAUUUGUGAUAAAUAUAUGAAAUUUAUUAUUUCAAUGCUUCAACUACUAAUUAAGCUUAAUAUUACUCCAAUUAUGGUAUUUGAUGGCUACGAAAUGCCAGCAAAAAAGAAUGAAAAUAUGAUGAGACGUGAGAGGAGAAAUAAAGCCAGAUCAGAAGCUAUGGAAAUGAUUCAUAAAAAUAAAGGCAAAAUCAAUACGGAAAUUAUGAGAAAAUGUAUGCAGGCGAUACAGAUAACACCUGAAAUUGUCCAUAGAGUUAUAACAAUAUGUAAGAAAAUCAAUGUUACAGUAGUAGUAUCACCCUAUGAAGCUGAUGCACAAAUUUCAUAUCUCUGUCGUACCGGAGUUGCAGACUUUGCAAUUAGUGAAGAUAGUGACUUAAUAGUCUAUGGAUGUCCUAAAAUUAUAUAUAAAUUGAAUAAAGAGGGGAAGGGUGUGGAACUAAAUAUACCAUUUUUCAAUAAACAAAACAAACUAGUACACUUACCCAAAAAAAUAUCAACCACUAAUACACAAGGGAAUACACAAAAUACCAGCACACCCAUUAAUACACCCGGGAAUACACACUUGAACACACACGUCAGUACACAAAAUGUUGGUACAAAUAAUUUACAAUGUGAUAAAAUGGAAUUUGGAGAUACUAAUAAGAGUAAUGAAGUGGAUUUUGUAGAUAUACCAUAUGACUUGGAUGGGAAUAUGUUGAAAGUAGUAGACUAUGAGAAAUUUAUAAUGAUUUGUAUACUGAGUGGUACUGACUAUGAUGACAAGUAUCACAUUGGUGGAAUAGGGAUAAAAGUGGCCUGUAAACUGAUGUUACAGUAUAAAACUAUUGAGACUCUGUUACAGUAUUUAGUAGGCAAUAACAAGUAUAAAUUACCGGAUAACGUACAGUGUAGAGAAAUACUAUCACACUAUAAAAAUAUCUAUAACAUAUUCCUCUACAAUGUUGUAUAUAAUCCAUCAGAUAAUGCUCUAGUGCAUAUUAAUAAUAAGGUUGAACCUGAGGAUCCUAACGGCUACUACAGUUACUUAAAUGACAUGAUCUUGAACUUGCGUGAAAAGGAAGUUAACUUCAUUAAAAUCGCUCAGGGUGUUGUUUCAGUCCAUGACCACCAUGAAAUUAGUUAUUCACUCACUGAAGCGGAUUUGAACAUGGUUGAAAGCCUGAAAAAUACACUAAUUCUUAAACUAUAUAAAUUUGAAUUAACCUUUGCAACAAAGUUUUCUCUACUGAAUAUCGCUCAUGAAAAUCGCAUAGACUCGUUCAAGAGUAAAUUAGAACCUAUUACUGAGUUCAAGAGUAAAUUAGAACCUGUUACUGAGUUCAAGAGUAAAUUAGAACCCAUUCCUGAGGUUAAGGAAUAUAAAUUUCAACCAAAGAAUAUUAAAUCUAACCAGUUAAAUAACAAUUUGCAAGUUAAGAAUGAGACUAGUCCUGUCAAGUGUAAAGUUGAGGAGAAGAGAGCCAAGAGGAAAAAUAUAACUAAAUUACUAAAUAACACUGAAAAGUAUGUAGUUAAGCGUAAAAGGAAAUGA